UGCAAGUGCUAGUAAUAUAUGAAUGAAUGAAUAAAGAUUAGGAAAACUAACCCAAAUUCAACCAUGUUAUCAGUUGAAUAAAUAUUUAUCUGAAUAUGUGCAUAUAUUAAAAAAAAAUAGCAUGGAUAUCUAAAUUUCCCGAUUACACCAUCCAGGGAUAAAAUAAAAGCUUUUAAAACAUUAACUAUAUGCUCAGCUGGAUUUAAAAUAGAAAGCGAAUGUCCUCGGUCUCCGCGAUCGAAAUUUUCGUUGUUAAAAUUGGAUUCCAGUUAUUUGCCAGGAAAACUUCGGUCCCUGUCAGAUUUUUCUGCUCCUGCGAUUUGUGGACGCAAUCCUAUUGAAAUACCAUGAAGGAACAAGACAGUUAUACUCCCCCAGAUUACGUUCUUGCACCACAGUCAGAUGAUGACAUCCUUGAAGCUCUAACUACAUCUACUUAUCAAACCCAACAUCAUCCAUCACCGUGGUCUUCAGGAAUCUGUGCUUGCUGUGACGACAUGCAAAGCUGUUGCAUAGGUCUAUUUUGUCCAUGUAUUCUGUUUGGGAAAAAUGUGGAAUUUUUGGAAGGACGACCUUGGACUGGACCCUGCUUUGUUCAUUUCCUGUUGUGGGGUGUUAUUACUGGAAUUUGCUGUUCAUUGACAGAAGGCACUCUGUUGGGCUUGCUGGGUUCAUUUGUUUCAUGCUAUGCAUGUGGCUAUAGAAGAGCUAUUCGUGCCAAGUAUAAUCUGGAGGAGGCACCGUGCGGAGAUUUUGUUACACAUCUAUUCUGCCAUAUCUGUGCAAUUUGUCAGGAGUAUAGGGAAAUUCGUGAGCAUUCAGACGGAUUUAGUCUGUCCACUUUAAAUGCACCACCUGUUCAGACUAUGAGUGCUUUUCCUGAAGGUUGAGAAACUUUGACAAAUGUUGAAGAUUGUUCAAUUUUCCUCCAGUAUUUUUUUCUGGCUGGAAUGCAAGUGUAUAUUUAAUGUUAGUUAUCUUGUAAAAGACAUUUGGUUCAUCUAGUUAUUUUAAACGGGACUCUUGUUUCUCUUACGCUGGGUUCAGCGUCUUUUAUACAAGGCAAUUUGUGGAUGUAAAUUAUGUUGUUGACUUGAGGAGAAACAUUUUCUCUGAGUCUCAAACUACCCUGACUUUGAAUUGAUCAUUUGUUGAGACUUUUUUUCGUUUUUUGUUAGUUGAAUUUUGUUGUUUUGUUCAGCUCUA